GUUUGAUCUUUGAGCGUGGCUUGCAAGUAAUAUAACAUAGUUCUUCCUUUGUUUAGUCAAAUAAUACAAUGAAAAUAGCUGUUGAGGGAUGUGCCCAUGGAGAACUGGAUAAAAUUUACGAAUGCAUUGAAACUUUACAAGAACGGGAGUGCAUAAAGAUUGAUUUAUUAAUUUGCUGCGGAGACUUUCAAUCUGUUCGCAAUAACAAUGAUCUUAGAGCAAUGGCGGUGCCGGAGAAGUAUCAACACAUAUGCACUUUUUACAAGUAUUAUAGUGGUGAGAAGUUAGCACCAGUGUUAACAGUUUUUAUUGGUGGGAACCAUGAAGCUUCAAAUUAUUUACAAGAAUUGCCUUAUGGAGGGUGGGUGGCACCAAACAUUUAUUAUAUAGGCAGAGCUGGUGUUAUUAAGUUUGGCAAUUUACGGAUUGGAGGUUUAUCAGGAAUUUACAAAGGACAUGAUUAUUUGCAUGGACUUUGGGAGUGUUCACCUUACACACACAGUUCACUAAGAUCAGUUUAUCACAUAAGAUCAUUGGAUGUAUACAGAUUAAGUCAGGUGAAAGAGAAAAUACAUGUAAUGUUAUCACAUGACUGGCCCAGAGGUAUAGCUAACUAUGGGGAUAAGGAAAACUUGUUGAGAAGAAAACCUUUUCUACGAGAAGACAUUGAAAGCAACAGACUUGGAAGUCCCCCAGCAGAAACACUCUUACAGAACCUCAAACCACAUUAUUGGUUUGCUGCUCACUUGCAUUGUCAAUUUGCUGCCCUGGUUAAACAUGAAAAUGAUGAAGAAACAAAGUUCUUGGCUCUAGACAAAUGUUUGCCAAAGAGGAGACAUCUGCAAAUAUUGGACUUGCCUUCGGAAUAUGAUGGUGAUAAGCAGUUAAAAUAUGACACCGAGUGGUUGGCUGUAUUAAAAAAUACAAACCAUCUUUUAUCUGUGAAAAAUAUUGACUGUCACAUGCCUGGACCAGGUGGUAAUGAAAGGUAUGACUUUACUCCAACUACACAAGAAAAAGAUAGCAUAGAAAAUUUGUUAUCUAAUAUAAGAAUAGGCAGUGAAAAGUUUGUUAGAACUGCUCCUGUUUAUAAGACUGGAACCCCAAAAUGCUUACCCAGCGAACCUCUUUUGAAUCCACAAACAACAUAUCUUUGUGAAAAAUUAGGAAUUGAUGACCCCAUACAAGUUAUUAUGGCCAGGUCUGGACGAACAAUGAGGCAAUUAUGUUUGGAAGAAAAUAAUGAGCCUCAAGUUGAAAAAACACCAAUCAAAUGCACAAAGCUUGUGCUUCCAGCUCCCAUUACCCCUAGUGAAAAUGAAAGUCAAGAUUUAUCACAAGAAUAUACCAAUUUUACACCUGAGAACAGUUUUCAGUCUGAUGCCACCAACACUACUUCAGAGUGUAUAACACCACCUAGUGUAACAAAAAAAGUUUUUAAAAGACGUAAUUUAGCAAUAUACACCCCUGAGCAAAAUGAGCACUGUGAUGUAAGCAAUACAACUGAUUCUGCUAUCGACGCUAGUAGUCCCCGGUCAAGUAAAUUUCAUCGAAGUAAUGAAUUAGAUUAAACAGUAAUUGCAAAUUUAUACGCAGGAGUUAUUUAUAAUGUAUAUCAAGUAGUUAGCCCAAUUUGUUGUAAGUAGAUCAUGAUUAUUAUAGAUCAAAAGUCAGUGCAAAUAUUUUUAUAUAAUUAUUCUAGUUGAUAUUUAAUUGAAACAAUUAAGCAAUAAUUAACAAUUUUUCUACAGAUUAGAUAUAGAAAAUGUGUAAAAUUUUAUUUAAAACUAAAAAAAACAAAAUCUACAAGCAAAUACCAUUAUUCAUAGUAACAACUUACACAUAAUUUAAUUAAAUAGUAGUUCCUCACAAGUUUGUUAGUGAAAAAGUACUUCAAUAAAGUACUUUGUAUACUUUCGUAUUGAUUUGAUGAAGCGGUGAUGUGAAGCUUCACUUUUGGACAUAGGGUUCACUUUCUUGUUGUACGCUCAGACAGAAAUGCUGACAGCGUUGGUGCCGGAUAGACCCCAAACCACAAACUGGGGGUAGUCGCUGCUUAUGUUCCACUAAGUUUCUUAAACAAACAUUCCAUCUACCUGCAUCUUCCAGCCGAUAACCUUCCUCAAGAUUUCGGCUAUCAAAUGCAAAAAAUAUUUUCGAAGUCCAACUUAGUUCCAGUGAUUAGCCCAUUCUAACUAAAAUAAAAACUCUUCAUCUUAAUUAUUAUAGGUGUUCAAGAAAAUGAAAUAAGCUGUAAAAUUCCUGCUAUAUUGAUAGGCAAUAUUGAGUGCAAUCUUGAUAUUUGAAUAUUGGUUUCUAACCGCAUAAAAUAUGUAUUACUGAGAGAAAAAUUAAAUUUUGCUGAGAGACAGAUAA